UUGGGUUUUGUGGGGGGUCUCGGGGGGCUCCGGCCUUGGGGGUCCUUGGGGAGCAGCUGCCCCGUGAGCGGGGUCCCACCCUGAGGGGGGGUCCCACCCCAGGUUUGGCCCUGUCCUCCCCGUGAGGUGACGCCGAUGACAGAAAAUGGCACCGGGGCCGAUGCCGAACCUCCUCUUCCUCUUCCUCCUCUUCCUCCUCUUCACCCCGCAAGCCUGGGCACAAGAGCCCGGAGCCUUGCGGGUGACCGGAGCCGUGGGCGGGGUGGCGUUGCUGAACCCCCGCAGCCCCCAGAAUCCCUCCGAAUAUUCCCAAAUCCACUGGCGCUGGGAAAACCAGCUGAGAAUCGCCAGCCGGAAACGCGGCGAGGAGCCCAAGUACCCCCAGAGCCGCUUUCGGGGCCGCCUGGAGCUCCUGGACAACACCAGCCUCCAAAUGAGUCACCUGAGCCUCGGGGACAGCGGCGAGUACCAGCUGUACCUGGAGGAUGACACGGGCAGGGAGAGCGUCGAGAAGGUCCAGCUGAAGGUCUACGACCUGGUCCCGAAGCCCCGCGUGGUGGCCAUCACCAAUGGUGACCCCCAGCAGUGCAACGCCACCCUGAGCUGCUCCGUGGCUCUCCAAGGGGUCACCUACGAGUGGAUCCCACCCCAGAAGCCCCAGAUGAAGGAGGGCCCGGUCCUGAAGGUCUCCUUCAACCCCAUGGUGGAAACCUACAUGUGCAAGGUCAGCAACCCCGUGUCCUCCAGCAACGCCUCGCUGACCUUCCGGCACCCCUGCAGCUGGACAGAUGAGUCCUCGUCCGUCACCCGUGCCACGCCCGGCGCCCUGGUGGCCCUGGGACCCCUCGUCCUCCUCUUCCUCCUGCUCACCGUGGCUUGAGGACCCCGCGGGCGACACCUCCGCUCACUCCUCCCCUUCCACCGCCACGGGGCCGACGUCCGGACGAAGAUCCCGGAAUCCUCCGGGCGCGGAAAACCGCGGCCGCGCCGGGGAACGGAAUCCCCGGAACCGUCCCGUUCCCAGUUCAUUUGGAAAUCCUCCCGUCCCCUGCCCCAAAAUCUGCGGGGAGAUCCGACCUGAGCCUGUCCCGGGGUUUCCUGGAAUUCUGGGGGAUCCACAUUUUUUUGGUGCUCCCUGCGAGGGAGGGUUUGGGGUCAGUUUUGGCUUUCCCAGAUGCUUCUUUGUGCAUUAAAUUCCAUCCUGGACACCACA